GGGUGCAGUAGAUCGCGUCACGCCGUCAGAAUAAUUAAGGCAAAAAUUAGAAAGCAUUUAAUCCUAAGCGAUAAAGCCAAAAUAUUAGAAGAAUUAAAGAAAGGUGUCGGAGUGACCGUUUUGUCUAGACAAUAUGGUGUUGCUAAAUCCACUAUAUGCGCGAUUCGUCACAGAAGGAUAAAGAUUUUGAAACGAGUCAACAGUACUUUCACAGGACCUGGAAAAACAAAAACUUUGAGACAAUCAGAGUGUCCUAGAAUGGAAAAAGCUUUAUAUAAGUGGUUCUUAAAAACAAGGGAGAGAAAUUUUCCGGUAACUGGUUUAAUGAUCCAAGAGAAGGCCAAGUUACUUCACAGUCAAUACAAGGAAUCUCCGUCUGUUAAUGCGAGCAGUGGUUGGAUGCAAAAGUAUAAAAAACGUUUUGGAAUACGCUUCCUAACGAUUUCAGGAGAAAAAUUAUCGUCAGAACCCGAGCUUGUUGGUCCUUUUAAAAGAACUUUACGCCUAAAAAUUAAUCAGCUUCAGCUAACAAAAGAACAGAUUUACAAUGCCGAUGAAACUGGUUUGUAUUGGAAACUUCUGCCCGGAAAGACAUAUGUAGCUCGCGAAGAAAAAACUGCCCCAGGUAGGAAAACCGAGAAACAAAGAGUGACUUUUCGAGCAUGCACAAACGCGGUUACGGAAUUCCUACAGAGCCAAAACCUUCCAGUUAAAGCCAUGCUUUUGUUGGACAACGCAGCAAGCCAUCCACCUGCAGAACAGCUAAGAAGUGAUGAUGGUUCCAUUUUUACUGUUUAUAUGCCACCUAACGUUACUCCGCUAAUCCAGCCAAUGGACCAAAACGCUAUUCGUCUGACAAAACUAUUUUAUCGAAAAAAUUUGUUAUCACAAAUUAUUGGAACUAACCAGGAUAUCGGAGAUGCUCUAAAACAUAUUUCGUUAAAGGACGCCAUUCUAAAUUUAGCUUUGGCGUGGAGAAAUUUAAGGCCUAAAGUUAUAGAAAAAUGCUGGCAUAAUUUACUUUCACCAUUAGCCGACGAAGUUGACGAUGAGGAAGAUAACAUCCCCUUAAGUGUUUUACGGAGCCGAAUAAGAAAUGAAGACAUUGACACCGUGAGAUCAGAAAUCAUUACUUUAUUGCAGACUUCCAUAAUCCAGAAGUAUAGUAUACUUCCAUAUUCAACCUAUUGAUGUAGACGAUUGGAAUAAAGAUAACUUACCUGACACAAAAGAAACUAAUGACCAAAGUGAAAGUGAUGAAAACGAUCAAGAUGAUGGAGUACAAGAAGAAUUGGUAGUAAAUAAGGAACGAGUGACAACAAAUUCGGCAAUAAAGUCGAUUAAAAAAAUCCUUCAAUGGGAAUAUUCUAGUAUACUCGUUUCACAAAACUUAAGCAAACAAAAAUUACUUAAUUUUUUGAAAAAAUAGAUUAGAUUGCCGUUUUUUUAUUUUAUUUUAAUUACAUAUGUAAUAUUUUUUCUGUU